AUGUACAAAGGAUGGAUUUUUCUGUUUACCUGUGCUAGCACUCGCUCUAUUUGUUUGGAUUUGGUAUCUGAUGUAUCGCCUUCUGUAUGUAUUCGUGGAUUAAGACGUUUUUUCGCUAGAAGAGGUUUCCCUAGCAAAAUUAUAUCAGACAAUGGUACCCAGUUUGUUGCUGAACAAACACAGCUAUUUGCAAGUAAUAAAUCAAUUGAAUGGCAAUUAAAUGUACCAUCUGCCCCGUGGUGGGGUGGGUUCUUUGAGAGGAUGAUAAAAAUGGUCAAACGAUGCCUCAAAAAAGUUGUUGGAAAAGCUCGUUUAAGCUUCGAACAAAUGUUAACCUUAUUGCAAGAAAUUGAAACUGUUUUAAAUAACCGACCACUUACGUUUGUAUAUAAUGAACCUUGUAUAGAAGCCUUAACACCUAAUCAUCUUGUAUUUAGACGAAAGUUAAACUUGAAUGGAGUUGUUAGUGAUGAUACUAUUGAGCUAGAUAUAAACAAACGACACGAUCACUUAAGAUAUGUUCUUGAUCAUUUUAUUAUGCGAUGGAAAAAGGAAUAUCUUACAGAGUUAAGGGAAUUUCAUAAGUCUCGACGUAAUAUUGGUUGUUUGGAAAUAAAUGUUGGUGACGCUGUCCUGAUAGAAGAAGAUAAGAGAUCUCGAUUACUUUGGAAGACCGCAAAGGUUGAAGAGAUCUUGAAAUCAAGCGACGAUCAUUCACGAGCAGCAACUGUUAGAUAUUUAGAAGAAAAUGGAUCACUCAGAAGAGUUAAGAGACCUAUAAAUAAACUUAUUCCACUAGAAUAUAAAAAUAUAAAUAAAGGCGUUACGGAUCCACGUGUGAUAUUUAUGAACGAAAAUAACAUUCAUCUCGUAGUUACGCAUUAG